UUCAGUGAGAUAUUGUUUUCAGACAGAAUCAGUUUGGCAGGUGCUGAUAGAAGUGACAGAGUUUGUCACUUCAAGGGCCAACAACUGUGGCUGAAGCCAUGGGAUUUCUCUUAAGAUUUUUGCUGUUGUCCUUGCUAGCAGUUGGAAGACAACAAGCAAAUGCUUACAGGAUUGGAGCUACGAAGUAUGCUGAUAAUGUGCCAGUUGCAGGCUAUGAACCAGAUUCAAGUAGCCUCAACAAUGGAGACAAAUCUUUAUGGCGCACAGGGCCAUUAGACAGUGGAUCACAGGAAACAAACUACCAGUUUGUGCCAAACCUACAGCAUUUGUUUAGAUUCCCCCAGCAUCCUUAUGACCAGCCCCAGCAACCACAGCCACGGGGGCACCAGCAGCCUCAACUGCAGGGGGCUCAAUUGAAUAGCUAUCUGCUGCCUAGCUUCCUGCCUCAUCCCCAACCGCGGGUGCCCCAGCGGCCUCUGCCCCAUCCACGGGGGCACCUGCUGCAUAGCUACCCGCCCCAGCGGCCCAGCUACCCGCCCCAGGUGCCCCAGCGGCCCAGCUACCCGCCCCAGCAGCCCAGCUACCCGCCCAACCAGUUUCAGCCUCAGGUGCUCCAGCUGCCCAGCUACCCGCCCAAGCAGCCUCAGGUGCCCCAGCAGCCCAGCUACCCGCCCAAGCAGCCCAGCUACCCGCCCAACCAGCUUCAGCCUCAGGUGCCCCAGCAGCCCAGCUACCCGCCCAACCAGCCUCAGCCUCAGGUGCCCCAGCAGCCCAGCUACCCGCCCAAGCAGCCUCAGCCUCAGGUGCCCCAGCAGCCCAGCUACCCGCCCAAGCAGCCUCAGCCUCAGGUGCCCCAGCAGCCCAGCUACCCGCCCAAGCAGCCUCAGGUGCCCCAGCAGCCUAGCUACCCGCCUCUGAGCUAUCUCCAUCUGCUGCCCCAGCACCCCAGCCAUGUGCCCCACGAGCCAAGUUAUCUGCUCCAGCUGCUGCCCCAGCAGCCCCAUCCUCCUAGCUCUCUGCCCCACGUCCCCCAGCCCCAGGAGCCCAGUUACCAGUCUUUCUGGCCUCCUCAGUGGCCCAGCCACCAGCCGCAGGGGGUACAUGUGCCGCUGCCGCACCGCUACAAACCCCAGUAUCUGCAGAUCAGUUACUCACCCCUGCAGCUGGAGGUUUCGAAGCAGCCACACUACAAUGGCGGGCCAACUGCGACACAAGGAGUUGCCCCUGAAAGGGAUACAAAUGGGCACUACAACAUGAAGAUGCAUCAAGGAUGACCUUCAGCUGACUCAUUGUAUGACUUAAAAUAAACCUUGAUCUGUAA